AUGAAGUCCCACGAGGUUUGGGAGCGAAGCUUCGCCUUCAUCGAAAAGGAAUUGCUGCCGGAAAUGGUGCAAGAUCGUUGCUUCUGCGAGCCGAAUUCCAGGGAAUUCGUCGAGUUCGACUCGGCAACGAUUCGUCUCGACGAGCUGAGUCGAAGCAGCGAGAUUUAUCGCGUGACGAUCGUGGUCAGGUUCUCCGGCGAGCCACGCAGCUUCCCGCUGUUACUGAAACUGCUUCCCGAGGAAGAGGCAGAGCACAAGAGUCCGACAGCGUUCGAUGCUUACCAAAACGAAGAAAUGUUCUACUCGAAGAUGACGCUCAAGUAUGGAACCGAUUUGGUUCCAAAGUGUUACCUGUCGGAUUUAGGUCGUUACGGAAGACCGGUGAUCGUUCUCGAGGAUUUGGAGGAAGCUGGUUACACGCAGGUGGACGGUGAAUUGGACGAGGAACACUUGAAAUUGUGCGUGCAAGUUCUGGCCAAGUUUCACGCCAGAGGGUUGAGAUUGAAAGCGACAGAACCGCAGGUCUUCAGGGAAUUCGAGGCGAAAUUGCUUGAAAUUUCUCUCACGGAAGAGACUAUGUUGCAUUACGAGAAGAGAUCGACUAGAAUGCUGGAUAUUCUCGAGACGAUGCCGAACUCUGGGUUCGUAGAGAGGAUAAAACAUAGAUUAAACAAGAGACCAAUGGAAAUAGUGAAAGCCAUCGCGACGGGGGUGAACGACGUCUCUACAAUAUGCCACGGCCAUUUUUCACACGAUAAUCUACUGUUCAAAUACCAGAACGGGAAACCGAUCGACGCGAAGAUGAUCGACUGGCAAACAAUGAGAUAUUGUUCGCCGGCUGUCGAUCUCGGGCCCAUUCUACUGUAUAACGUGACACAUGAAAAUGGGCCGUCGGAGGUGCAGAAAAUUUUGACGCUGUACAUCGACACCGUCAGAUCUGAAUAUCCAGAGGUAGACAGUGAACGUUUGAGAGAAGAUGUGGUCGACAAGUUCCUCUUUGCUUGCGUCGUACUGUCAAUUUUAGACCACAUUACCGACGACGAACUUACUCGAGUUUUGUUAUUGCUAGAACAGUUGGACAAUUUCGAUGAAACGCAGAAAUAGUUUUGUUAAUCUACCAGCCACAGGUUUUCUCAAAAUCACGCUUCACUUGGUAUUAUUAGGCUGAUAUUUGUGUUGAUAUUUAUAGAAAUCAAAGUGUUUUAACAACUAUAAGGAAACAUCGGUAGAGCAUGAAAAUAUAGCACGUUUGGAAAACUACUUGAUUUUUGCUUGCUCUUUGUUGGUUCAAUCAGGUUACUGAAAAGUGCAGCUGCCUUUUUUAUUACGUUAUUCGAGCAUUGGAAACCAACGUUUCCCAUCGAAACGUGUGCCUUUCGCUGAUUAAUCAUUAAAACAUCGGAACACGUCAUUUUAGCCUAUUUUGUUGUGUACAUAAAUAUGCUAUCAAGCGUUCUAACUAGGCCGUAUGCAAUAUUGCGUAAAAGUCUUACAUCAUCUAGGUUACUGGUUUUAUGGUGGCAACUAAAUAUGCUUGUAGGAAAAUUUCCACGUGAUUUUAUAUAAGAACAAACCUUUAGAUGUUUUCUUCGUGGUGCUGUUCGUUUAUGAUUUCUUCCGAUUCGAAAAUUUCUUGAAAUUAUCUGUAUUGAUCGUUUAAAAUGUGCUAGAAGAGGAAGCAAUUUAGAUACGUGAUCAGUUUUGUAACGAUAUUAAAUAGAAUUAACGGAAUUAUAGCAGGUAAAUAAGUACGUUUAAAAAUGACUCGAGAUAACAAACGAAGGCCCGAUAAAAUACCAAUUAUCUGAAAUUGAUUGAUACUUUCUGCCACGACUGCUAUUUAUUGGAUAUAACGUUUCCUAUAUGACCGAAGACUGUUAUACGAACGAAUAGAUCGAGUUUAGUAAAAGAAAUCGCUUGUGGCUGGAGGUUUAAUGUCUUUCUAUCUUUAGCGCGCCAUAUUUUUUUUCUUCCUUUUAAUAGAUCUUCUUUUUUGAUAAAAGACGUUUUGUAACAAACGGAUAUUUUAGUCACAAUUGCGGCUAAUAAAACUAAUUGUCCUUUUCACUCUGAUAUAUCGAUGAAUUUAAGAUCGUACAGCUUGUUACCGAUAAUUUGCAAGGAAUGCGAUUGCAAUUUUAGACUCAGAGAUAAUGACGAUAUUUCUAAUAUAUUAUCAGUAGAAAUUACGCAGAAAACAAUAUCUUUAAGACCCCUGAGUCAUUGGUCCGAAUAAUGAUAAUUCGUAGAUAGCGACUGUUUUGAAUUUGUAAAUCAUUAACUUCCGCCUUUGAUCUCAUAAUUUAUCGUAAUUUAAUA